CUCCUGGUUUCCCGGGCUUCCCUGUCGUCCGACAUACUCUCGACAGGCAUUUGACCCCAGACGACGAGGAGAGUCGUGUAAAGCGCAAGAAACCGCGCAGACGGCUGCACCACUGCAUUUCAUCAUGAGGGCAGCAGCCCCGCCCGCAAGGGAUUGCGAGAGCGCGCCCUUGAUAACGGGUGCGCCACCCGCCGUCGAUGCCGCGCCCGAGGAGCAAACUAAGAAGGUUCCAUGGCGUUUCACCACCCGCCAAUGGGCCGUUUGGUUCAUUUUGAUGUUCAUAUACUCCUAUACCGUUCCCGACCUCAUCCGGCCCUACAUACGCAGGCUGCUCGGGACCCACCCACGUAUCACCUACCCCGGCGAGCACAUACCUUGGACCGACUGCGGCACCGUCGCCGGCCGUAGCCUGGAAUGCGCCAACCUGACCGUGCCCAUGGACCACUUCAACGCCUCCAACAACCUCCCCGGCGACAAGUCCUUCACCAUCCCGCUCGUGCGCCUGCGCAGCCCCAACCCCACCCCGGCCACCCGCAACCUGCUGCUCAACCCGGGCGGGCCGGGCGGCUCGGGCACGGGGAUCGUGCACCGGCGCGGCGGGCAGAUCGCCGCCGUGGUCGGCGACGGCUUCCACCUGGUCGGGUUCGACCCGCGCGGCGUCAACCAGUCGCUCCCUCGGGCCAGCUGCUACCCGAGCGACGACGCCCGCCGCGCGCUGUCGGCGGUGCGCGCCAAGAAGGCCGUCGAGGACAGCGGCGAGCUGUGGGCGUGGACGGAGGGGUUCGUCCGCGCCUGUGCCGAUACCAUGGGCGAGCAUGGGCGGUACAUCAAUACCCCGCAGACGGCGGCCGAUAUGAAUGCCAUCUUGGAUGCACUCGGCCAGGAGGGGUUGUAUUAUUGGGGGCUUAGCUAUGGGACUAUUCUUGGUCAGACGUAUGCUACUAUGUUUCCCGAAAGGGCCGAGCGGGUGAUUGUGGAUGGGGUUGCGGGCCAGGUUGACUGGUAUGAGAGCCUGCUUGAUGCCGAGAUGAUGACUGAUACGGAUCGGGUGCUUGAGGGGUUCGUGGACGAGUGUGUCGAGGCUGGAGAGGCCGAUUGUGCUCUGGCGGGACUGGCGGGGUCGAAGGAGGAGCUGUUGGAGUUGGUCGUGAGCGGGAUUGCCAAGUUGAAGGAUGAACCGAUCGGAGUGUACGUCAAUAACACGGUGCAUGGUGUGCUGGAUUACUGGGCGGUCUGGCACAAUGGCGUGUUUCCGGCGCUGUAUAAACCGGCAAGUUGGAGGGACCUCGCCACCAACCUGGCUUCGCUAUUGCAAGGAAACGCUACCGAGGCGUUUCUGGCUUACGGCAGAGAGGAAUCUUGGGGAAGCUUAGGCGAUGCGCUCAAGUUUGUCGCCCUCAACGACGGCACGUCGGGGUCCGCCAAAUGGCCGGCGGAUCGGCUCGAGCUGCUGGACCAGUUGCUCCCUUUCUUCAACUUGUCCCUCUUCGCCGACACCGAGCUUGACUAUUACUUCUCUAAGCAGGCUUGGACCGUCCCCCAUACGCACACCUUCGUGCCCAAGGAAAAGGUCAAAACGGCACACCCGCUGCUGCUGCUCUCGACAACGUAUGAUCCCGUUUGCCCUCUGGUUUCCGCAAAGGGGGCAAACGAGGUGUUUGAGGGGUCACGGAUCGUUGAGGUCAAGGGAUACGGUCAUUGCACAAUAUCUCUGCCAUCUCUAUGUGUGGCACACCAUGUGCGGAACUUCCUGUACGAUGGGAAGCUGCCGGACGAGCAUGUGCAAUGCGAAGCAGACGGCAAACCGUACUUUUCCACGCCCGAGCAAACAACGGCUUCGGUCAAGACCCUGUUUCAGACUCUGGGAACCGAGGAUAGAUGGAUUUGGCACGCGCAACAAGAACUUGCUCAGGACUCAUGGCUCGGACCUUGGAGAAGGUAACUCACUAUUGUGUAAUAUAUCCCGAUCAGAUUCAAGUUGAUAAAAGAACAAAAACUCACCGAUGAGGUGGUCGACAAACGUGGCGGCGCUGCCUGACGAUUUAUCUAAGCACUCGCGCCUGAAUGGGCCCCCUCGGACUAUUGUAUUCGUAUACAACACAGCGGUCCAUAGCUCACUAUCCGC